UUUAGUCAGAAGAAUAAGGCACCUGCCAUUGGAUAUUAUUGUUGUUUUGCAAGGAGCCAUAAACAAAAUAUUUUAUAGCAAAACACAUCCCUCUUUUCAAUGAAACUAAUUGUAAUAGCUCUAUAAAAACAAGGAGAAAGUGCUCACUCAGAUGAGUUGAAUAUUUGAGAAGCAACUUGACAAAGGCACCAUUGUUUGUGGCUUAUGAAAUAUUCCACUAUUGGUUACUGGAGGUUUGCAGUUCAUUGAAAACCAGGGACAGAGCUUUUGUAAUCCAAGAUGUGGCCAAUUAAACUGACUGCAGCUACUGAGCAGUCUGGAUGCAAGCUAAACAUGUAAAGACGAAAGUCUUUCUCUCCAUUCAGUCUGAAAGAAUGAUGCAAGCCUAAUUUCACCGUGCAGAUUAGAGGAAGGCAACUGAUACAGCCCAAAGUAGAGGCAUCAGGAGCCGGAUCAACAGAGCGUCAUAAGGUGUUAUGUGGAGGUGCUCUUAAAUUCAUUCAAUUUAAUCCAGAUCUGACAGGGCAUCUUACAAAGACACAGACUGCAGUUAUCACAAGGCUCUUGCAUUUGAUCUGCAGAGAAUAUUUCCCUGCAAAAGGAAAACAUGCCAACCAAUGGAAUACACCAGAUUCUGAAGAUCCAGUUUGGUUUGAUCAACUGUGAUAACAGGUAUCUUACAGGAGAAGCAUUUGCUUUUAAAGUGUAUGCUUCGGCUCCAAGCCUGAAAAAGAAGCAAAUAUGGACUUUAGAACAAGAUGAAGUGGACAGUUCAGUGGUCUACCUUAAAAGCCAUCACCUGGCAAGGUAUUUGUCUUCUGACAAAGAUGGAAAUGUGUCUUGUGAAGCGGAGAAGCCAGAAGAAGAUUGCCGUUUUACUAUCUCUGCCCAGUCAGAUGGAAGGUGGGCCCUCCAGUCUGAUUCCCACAAGCGCUUCUUUGGGGGAUCAGGGGACAAGCUGUCAUGUUUUGCACAGACCAUAACUGAGACAGAGCUCUGGGCUGUACAUUUGGCAAUACACCCUCAAGCCAACCUUCUCAGUGUCAGCAGAAGGAGAUAUGCACAUUUGACUCCCCAGGAAGAUGAAAUCUCCACAGACAGCAACAUUCCUUGGGGAGUAGACUCUCUUAUAACUUUGGUCUAUCAUAAUAAAAAAUAUUGUUUGAAGACAUGUGACAACAGAUACUUGCGGAAUGAUGGGAAGUUGGUGAAGGAACCUGAUGAAGGGACUGGCUACACCUUGGAAUUUAAAGCAGGAAAGCUGGCCUUCAAAGACUGUAGUGGGAAGUAUUUGACACCCAUGGGACCCACAGGUACUCUGAAAUCUGGGAGGAGUUCGAAACCUGGCAAAGAUGAACUCUUUGAUUUGGAGGAAAGUCACCCACAAGUUGUCUUUAUGGCUUCCAAUAGAAGAUAUAUUUCUACAAGGCAAGGUGAAAAUGUCUCUGCUAAUCAGGAUGAGGAGACAGAUUAUGAGACUUUCCAGAUGCAAAUCAAUAAGGACACCAAUAAAUGUAGUUUUCACACCAACGCAGGCAAAUACUGGACUUUGGUGAGCCAUGGUGGAAUACAGGCAAUGGCCACAGAAAUUGCUGCCAACACAAUGUUUGAUAUAGAGUGGCGAGGCAGAAGAGUUGCCCUGAAAGCCAGCAAUGGAAAAUACAUCUGUACCAAAAAGAACGGACAGAUAGCAGCUGUGGGAGACACUGUUGGUGAAGAUGAGGAAUUCAUACUGAAGCUGAUUAACAGACCUAUAUUGGUACUGCGGGGAGAUCUAGGCUUUGUUUGUUACCAUAAAACCUCCAAUAUGUUGGAUGCAAACCGCUCAUCCUAUGAUGUCUUUCAGAUAAUCUUUAAUAAUGGAGCAUACCAAAUUAAAGGUAAGAGUGGAAAGUUCUGGUACAUUUCUAGUAAUGGCACCAUUUGCAGUGAUGGAGAUAUCUCAGAAGACUUCUUCUUUGAAUUUCGGGAGCACAACCAUGUGGCAAUUAAGGGAAAGAAUGGAAAAUACUUGCGUGGCGAUCAAGCGGGAACCUUAAAAGCCGAUGCAGAUUCUGUGAAUAGCGCAACCCUGUGGGAGUACUAAUGCACACUCAGUACUGCUCAGGCAUAAAUAAGUUGCUCUUGGUGCAAGAAGCUAAGAAAGGCAGAGUAAUGCAGGGGGCACCAAGAUACCCAUGAAGUGAUCUUUGGGAGAUGGGCAAAGCCCAAUACAUACGUUUAUAUUUAACUAUAGUAGCUAUUUUUUUUAAAAUUAGAUCAUUGUCAUUUUUGUCAAAAAUGUAAUGUAAUCUAAAAACAUAGGGUCUAAAAAAAAAUGAUGGGCUAUGCAUUUAAUUAGAUAUUUACAAAGGAAUGGUUAGUUUUUGUUAUUUAUAUUAGCUUUAAAAAUGUUUAGCAUGGCCUAAGGAUGCAGCAUCUAAACUGAUUUUAAAUGUACCUGUUACUUCCCAUAAUAAUAAGCUAUAUACUGGGCUCAAAGAACUUCAGUAGUGUCAAUAAGCUAUUUCAGUCUACCUGCACUGAACAUCAGGGGUGUUUCUCAUCUUAAAACUCAGGGUGCUUUCCACAAGUCAUUUGCCCAGUGCUCUAAAUCUUGCUAACUUCUUAAUAUGUAUAUAUUUAUAUUUUUAAAAUAUAUCAGAAGCUAUUGGCUUUAAACACUGACUUCAUGGGCGUAACUAUAGAGGAAGCAGACCCUGCGGUUGCAGGGGGGCCCAGGAGUGUAGGGGGCCCAGUGAGACCCUAAUUAAUGAGCAAUUUUAAUAUAUCUUGGUAAAAUAGGCCAACUUAUAAAUAUUUUGGGGCCCUAAAUUGAAUUUGCUAUGGGGCCCAGUAACAACUAGUUACGCCACUGACUGACUUUGGUGCCAGUGUGCAGCGUGUAGUAGUGAUCUCUGUGGGUGGUAAUACAGACUGGUGCCAUGUUUAAUGCACAUCCCAUGUACAAACAUAGUAACAUAGUAAGUUAGGUUGAAAAAAGACACACGUCCAUCAAGUUUAACUCUCUAUUUUAACCUGACUAACCACUAGUUUAUCUAGAGGAAGGAAAAAAAAUUUGCCUCAGAGGGGGGGAAAUUCCUCCCUGACUCCAAAAUGGCAAUCGGACUAGUCUUUGGAUCAACUUGUAGCAUCAGCUAUCUUCCAUAACCCUGUAUUCCUGUGUAGGUUAGAAAAAGAGAUACCCCUUCUUAAUCAAUUCUGGAUUGUUAAAAAAUAAGCUGGAGUAUCUAUGUACAGAUUUUUAUAAAAAAAACUGGAUGAUUACACCACGUACUAUGUCUUAAUUAAAAUUGCUGAGUUAUGAUAUUGCAUUAAUUGUCCACAUGUGCAGAGCUUAAUUAAUUAGAACCAUAUACUAAGUAAAAGUGCUAGUGCAAUA